AUGUAUCUACUCUUUACAGAACUGGCCGCUCAAAUUGGUGAAGUGUGGCGUGAACAAGCAUUUAAAAUUCUUGUAGAAGGUCAUGUGCAAAUGACAUUAUAUUUAAAUAAAAUUUUGAAGACAUUAUUAUCACCAUCAGUUAUAAUUCGGCCAUCUGUCGUCUUUUAUGGUUCGAAAUCAAAACAACCUCAUCCUUGGAAAUGGGCACCAGAUGAUGUUAUACAAACCGAAGAUUAUAAACACGAGUUUGGAAUCCCAGAUGAAUGGCAUAAAUACAACCGAAUUGUUUAUCCACCUCAACUACCCGGUGAACCAGAAAGAAAAGGAUUUGUUCAUCAUGCACGAACAUAUAUCCGUGGUGGAAUAAAAAAAUAUUGGUUUCUAGCUCAAAUGGUUCGUGGAAUGAGUAUCGAUGAAGCUAUUAAACAACUUUCAUUUCAUGCAUUACCAACAGCACUCAAAAUGCGAGAUACACUUAUAGAAGCACAAGAAAUGGCUGUUAAAGAACAUAAUAUAGAAUAUAAAUCAAAUUUAUGGGUUUCUCAAUCAUACGUUAAACGGGCGUUAAUUGUCAAAGGAUUACGUCGUCGUCCCAAAUAUCAAUUUGCCGUGCUACAUUAUCGGUACUUUCAUUAUAUGGUACGUUUAGAAGAAGGACCACCACCAGAACAAUUUUAUCCAGCCAAAUAUCCCGAACUUAAUGAACGUUUAGAAAAACGAUUAGACGAAUUGAACAGUCGAAAAAUAGUUGGAUCUAUUUCCUGA